AUGGAGGAAAGUUUGAGAGUGAGAAUCGACAAGAUAUUUGGAUCUCUUUCAUCUUCAUCGUCUUCUUCACCAUCUCCGAGCUCUCUCUGGUGUCUUGCGGAAGACGAAAUCGAUGGAAACGAAAGGAGCGGAGAAGAGGAGGUUCCGGAACCCCAAUUUGAUCCGAAUAGCUUUCCGGAUAUCAAGGAGGAUGAUCUAGAAGAUUUGAGCGUCGAUGAGGAAGAAGGACAGUCUAGUGUAUCGCAGAAGCCGGAAGAUUACAACGACGAGGAAUGGGAGAUCAAAAACUCAAUCGGGAUGGAUUCUACUCUUGAUAUGGAGGAAGAGGAAGAUGAAAAUGAUAAAGUAGCUGUAGCUGAAGAAUUGUACGGUUACACGAACGAUGUGAAUGAUUAUGAGACUGAAGCAGACGAGUGGGAGGAGCUUCCAGUUUCCUUGAAAGAAAGAGAGAAGGAUCCGCGUGCUAAUCUCAUCGCAGCUAAGCUUAGGCUUAAAGAAGAUGCUGAAGCUGUUAACAAGUUGAAUUCCUUGCAUGUCUCUGAGGUGCAUGAGGGUAACCUGUCCAUGUCUACAUCUGAAAACGGGAAGGCUAUGGUGGUGUCUGAGGAUAACAAAUCUCAGGAGGCACAUGUUGGCUUUUCAGAUGAUAGUGAGCUGAAACCGAUAUUGAAGAGGAAAGAAAACUCAGCUGAUUCUAAGUUGCAGAAGCGUGUUCGGUUUAGUUCUGAUAUCGGAGAUGACAGCAGGAGUGGUGGCGACAAAGAUUCUGUGAUGGAGACAAGUUCCCCCGACGAGCAUAUAGUAGUGCAGCCAGACUAUCCGAGUGGGAUUCCAGAUUAUAUGCGAAACCCAACAAAGUACACCCGAUAUGCAUUCGAUUCAGGUGAGGUUGAUGAAGAAUCCAACCGGAAAGCGUACAUGGACUUUCUCAACAUGAUUAAAAGGCGAGAUGAGCCUCUUGUAGACCCUAUGGUUGAGCUUCCAAAAUCAGUGGCUUUUGUACCUAAGAAGAAACCAACAGCUGAAAGCAAAGCAGAAAACGUAGAGAAGACUUGUGAGGGGAGAAGAGGUGCAAUAGCUGCCAUAGAAGACAGCACAGUUUCUGCGAUGGAAGAAGAUGAACCAGAGGCAGCUCUAAAUGUCAUGAGAAAACCUGGCCGUCAGUAUCGAACCAGAGCCACGGAAGAUCAAGAGGAAUGUUGA